AUGUCCAACGGCAGCUCCAUCACCCACUUCCUCCUGCUGGCAUUCGCAGACACGCGGGAGCUGCAGCUCUUGCACUUCUGGCUCUUCCUGGCCAUCUACCUGGCUGCCCUCCUGGGCAAUGGCCUCAUCAUCACUGCCGUAGCCUGUGACCACCGCCUCCACACCCCCAUGUACUUCUUCCUCCUCAACCUCGCCCUCCUCGACCUGGGCUGCAUCUCCACCACUCUCCCCAAAGCCAUGGCAAAUUCCCUCUGGAACACCAGGGCCAUCUCCUACUUGGGAUGUGCUGCACAGGUCUUCCUGUUUGUCACCUUCAUCUCAGCAGAGUUUUAUCUUCUGACAGUCGUGGCCUACGACCGCUACAUUGCCAUCUGCAAACCCCUGCACUAUGGGUCCCUGCUGGGCAGCAGAACUUGUGUCCACAUGGCAGCAGCUGCCUGGGGCAGUGGCUUUCUCCACGCUCUCCUGCACACUGCCAAUACAUUUUCA